GAGCCCAUCGCUGUCUUAACCUCUGCAUGUCUUAAGCUCUCUCUUUCUCUCUCUCUCUCUUCCACACAAAUGCCCAUUUACUGAUAUCUCUCUCUCUAUCUUCCUCUGUUCUCACUCGGGGCUCCGUGCCCCGACUCUGGAACCCGAUUUGGAUCUUCUGCUGCAUUUCCCGUGCCCUUUUUCUUCUUCAGAGGUUUCUUUUUAUCAACGCAAAAUGUACUCGUCGAUACACUCGCUGCCGCUGGAUGGAAGUGUAGGACAUGGGGACUUCCAGGGGUCGCUUGACGGGACCAACUUGCCUGGGGAUGCGUGCUUGGUUCUCACUACGGAUCCGAAGCCCCGCCUCCGGUGGACCGCCGAGCUUCAUGAGAGAUUUGUCGAUGCUGUCACCCAGCUGGGUGGACCUGACAAAGCAACACCAAAGACUAUCAUGAGAACAAUGGGGGUGAAGGGCCUUACCCUGUAUCACUUAAAAUCUCACCUGCAGAAAUACAGGUUGGGUAGGCAAUCUUGCAAGGAAUCAAAUGAUAAUUCUAAGGAUGUUGGGAUAGCAGCAUCUGUUGCAGAAAGUCAGGAUACUGGUUCAUCAACAUCAACAUCAUCGAGAUUGAUAGCACAGGAUCUAAAUGAUGGCUACCAGGUUACUGAGGCUUUGCGGGUACAGAUGGAAGUCCAGAGAAGACUGCACGAGCAGCUAGAGGUGCAGCGCCGGCUUCAACUUAGAAUUGAAGCACAGGGGAAAUACCUACAGUCAAUUCUUGAGAAAGCUUGUAAAGCACUGAAUGAUCAGGCUGCAGCAUCUGCUGGGCUUGAAGCUGCCAGGGAGGAGCUAUCUGAACUAGCAAUCAAGGUUUCCAAUGAAUGCCAAGGAAUUGUCCCAAUGGAUAACAUAAAAAUGCCUUCAUUAUCUGAACUUGCUGCAGCUCUGGAGAACAAAAGUACAGCAAAUUUGCCAGCUCGAAUUGGUGAUUGCUCAGUUGAAAGCUGCUUGACUUCAACAGGGAGCCCAGUUUCUCCAAUGGGUGUUGGCUCACAGGCCGCCGGCGCUGGCGCUGCUUCCAUAAAGAAAAGACCAAGGUCUGCUUUUGGUAAUGGAGACUCCGUACCCUUGGAAGGCAACAUCCGGCAAGAAGUAGAAUGGAUGAUGAGUAAUAUUGGAUGAAUAGCAAAGACGUUUCCAUCCUAAAAAAAGAAACUUAUUUGUUUCUCUUUUGGGUUAGUUUUUCAUGUCUAGUAGAUCUAAACGUCAUGGUAACCUAAAUCAAAUGUAUCAUUGGUUGUCUGUAUAGUUUUUUUGGAUUUUAAGAGGAUGCUUUAUCUUAUAACUUGCAAAUCUUUCCCAUUCUGCCAAA